AUGGCAAGUGCAGAAACAAGACUCGAAGCUGCGGGGUUCAAGAACGCUUUGCGCAAUGCUAAGGAAGAAUUCGCGGAGCAAAAGAAACAGAGCCUCGAAGCUAGAGCACAAGUGAAGCGCUCCUUUUCCAAAACAGAAUCGACAGAUGCUAUCUCGGUGGUACUUAUUGCUGAGAAAAGUGCGUACCUCAAUCGAUUGGACCGGUUCCCCAAGACAUGGGGAGAACCACUCAGUCAACAACGUCGGUUAUGGGCACACAACCAAUGGAUCGCAAACAAGAAUGAACCACUACAAGAUGCCUUGAGGAAGUUCACUCAGUCAGAGUGGACUACAUACGCCGCAAGUCUACCGACCGGGUACUAUCUUGCUAUUUGUUUUGAUGCAUCAGAGGAUGUUACCAAUCUCCCUCAGGCCAUUCACGGUCUCUUUCUGGAGAAGGCUACGGAAAGAAAUAUCGACAUGGCGCUAUUGACGACUGAUUCAAGACGCGAAAUCCUCCAAAGUAUUGCGGAGGAUAUGGUACAAGACAGAGAGCGUUUUAAAAAGAUCAAAACGCGAAAAACUGAAGUCUACAGCAUCAACACGCUACACAAAAUUGACCUCGGUACCUGGACUGGCAGGUCAGCCUUCAAAUGCGAAGGGAUUGAUGGAUCCGUGCGGAAGAUCAGCUGUUCCAAUAACCGCAGCUUAUUUCGACGUAAAUCGCAAUUCUGCAGACGUAUGCUUGAGUUUCACGACGAUGGAAUAAGUAUCAAGAACGAGCAUGGGCAAGUGCUCUACCCUGAAGACAGCGAUAAAGUUGGCGUCAGCAUUCCCGUCAACCGACUCGACGAUUUCGCCGAGAACAUUAAGUGGCUAUGGGAGCAAGCGAUGGCUGAUCGGGCACAAAUCAAUCCUACGAUGUCAUCCUAA